AUGGAUGCGCCAUUCGUUAAACCGGUAAAAACACACAAAGAUAAAUCGGACAGAGCUACAAAAGACAGGGUACUUGACAGUAAAACCCUCAUAAUACUGGAAAAACUGCAGAAGAGGAAUAUUCUCUUCGAUCUCGAGGGAUGUAUCAGUAGUGGAAAGGAGGCGAACAUAUACAAAGCAAAAAUUAGGCGAACACCAAAGUGCAAAUUCAUAAAAAGAAGCGAUACUGAGACAGAAAUUCACGACGACAUAGCAGAUGCAGGCAGGACUGAUGAUACAGUCACAAAGGAUUCGGUGCUGCUUCCGAUUUCUGGCGAAGAAAACGUGGCCAUAAAAAUUUUUAGGACGUCAAUUCUCGAAUUCAGAAAUAGGAACGUAUACAUUACGAACGAAAUACGGUUCAAAAAUUUCAGAGUUUCCAAUCCUAGAAAACUGAUCAAAACCUGGGCGGAGAAAGAAGUACGCAACUUGACAAGACUAAAUAAUAGCAAUAUUCCGGCACCUCAGCCGUUAUAUCUGAAAAGAAACAUAAUAAUCAUGAAAUUGAUCGGCAGUGAAACUCAUAUUGCUGCCAAACUGAAAGAUUUACAGAACGUAGACUUUGUAGAAAUUUAUCGUGAGGUCAUAGAUCUGAUCGCAAGGAUGUACAGAGAUGCCAAGCUCAUACAUUGCGAUCUGUCAGAGUAUAAUCUGUUAUAUUAUGAUAGCAAGGUGUAUGUGAUAGAUGUUGGACAGAGUGUUGAUGUAACACACGUGUAUGCCGAUGUAUUUUUGGUGAAUGAUAUUGCGAAUGUCAGCAAAUUCUUCGAGAGAAAAGGAAUCGAGGUGGAAAGCAUAAGAAGUGUUUAUGAACACGUUACCGGCAAGGAAAUGCAUUUCGAUAUCAAAGGGUGUGAGAUUAACAAAUUGGGGUUUGAUACGGGUCGGUUGCUAGAGUUGUGUGAUGGUCAUAAGACGAGCAUGUGUGCAAAGCCGUUGUACGACAAGAAUAAGGCGAAUAGCACACAAAAGGAUGUACAUCCUCGAAACGACGGUCAGUUCACAAAAAACGGGAUUCUUACAAAAGAGGAGAAACUGGAGCGAAGAAGAAGAUUCAAAGAUGAAAGAAAAAUGAAGAGAAUGAGCAGAUUGAAGAAAAAUAAAGAAGUGAAGAAUGUCAAGCGGAAAAAACACGCUCACAAAAGAAUAAAAUGAUGAAUUGAUCGCUAGUACGUUCUUUUAUAAGAUUAUGAUGCAAAAUUUAAUAAAUUGCAGGGUCUUCCAUCA